AUGAAGCAAGUCGACUAUUCCGUAUCAAAACCGUUGAACCGAGAGCCAUCCAAGAAGAAGCUCGUCGCUAGCUUCAUAACACCCUCCGACAUAAGCUACGACCGAAACCACGGCCCAAUCCCACACAUAAACGCAGAAUCCCACACCGUCCGCAUCGACGGCCAAGUCUCCACCCCUCUAUCCCUAUCUAUACAUGAGCUUCAGACCGAAUCCCCGCAACACGAGGUAAUAUGUGCGCUCGAGUGUGCAGGGAACCGGCGACAUACGAUGCGGACGAUGUUGAAGGAGGUAGAGGGCAUCGAUUGGGGGGAUUGUGCGGUUAUGAAUUGUAAAUGGAGGGGCCCGAGAUUGAGGGAUGUGCUGAUGAGGGCUGGAGUUGAAGAGGAGGAUGAGACAGGGAAAGGGAGACAUGUGGCUUUUGGGUGUUAUCAGGUUCAGUGUCAGGAUGAUGAUUGGUUUGGGGGGAGUAUUCCGUUAGAGAGGUGUUUGGGGGUUGAGGGGGAGGUUAUUCUUGCGUUGGAGAUGAACGAUGCCCCCCUCACCCCCAACCACGGUUAUCCAGUCCGCGUUGUCCUCCCCGGCGUCGCAGGCGCAAGAUGGGUAAAAUGGCUCGACAGAAUCACAGUCCAAGACACCGAGUCAUCAAACUGGUACCAGCAACACGACUAUAAGAUCCUUCCCCCAGACGCCGUGGACGCAGUCUCCGCGGAGAAAUACUGGGCGCAGACACCAGCUAUGUACAACACACCCAUAAACUCCGUCGUCGCGGUCCCGGAGGACGAUGAGACGAUUUGGUUGUAUCAUCGGGGCACGGUGGAGGUGAAGGGGUAUGCGGUUCCUGGGGGGAUGGAUGGGCCUGUUACGCAGGUUCAGGUAUCGACAGAUGAAGGGGAGACAUGGGUUGAUGCGAAGAUUGAGCCUGGAUUUGAAUCUGGGAAGGAGAUGAAAUGGGGGUGGGUUCUGUGGAAGGUAGAGCUUUGUAUGUCCAAGGGGACGGCGAGGGAGGUGAUUAGUCGGGCUUUUGAUGCUGGGGGGAAUGUGCAGCAGGAGCAUUCGGUGUGGAAUCUGAGGGGGGUGGGAUAUAAUGGGUAUGGGAGGGCGAGGAAUAUAACCAUUCUGUAG